AUGCAGCGACAUCGGUACAGGAUGACGUACGAGACCAUCUCCGUGCGGAUGAACCGCAGCGACACGACCAUCCGCUGGGGAUUCACCAUCCGGGCCCAGGGAGAUCAGCUUAUCAUCGAUCGGGUGAGCUUUUUUUUAUCAGAAAAACGUGCUGUUUGAACCAGAUUUUUCAAUCUUUUUCUUAAAUAAGAGUGAAAAUUGGUUACUAUAGGAGGAAAAUUAAGGUGGUCUCCAUGGGGGUUUAACGUUAAGAACUUAGGAAUUCCAGAGUGGUCCUUCUAGGGAUUCACGAGUAAAACAGCCCCAGUAGGAGCCGAAAAAAAAAUUAAAGUGGUCUCUAUGGGGGUUUAGCGUCUGACCUCUUAGCCCCUAAAGCCUAAGUGGCCCCUAUAAGAGUUUUUCAGUUUCAUUCAAAAAAAGCUUAAUUAUUUAGUUUUUCGCAUGGAAAUGCUUCUUCACUUAGAUUUCAUAAAAAUCAUCUGAUAACAUGUCCCCUAUAGGGACCAUUUUCAAGCUUUAAUGACCCCUAUAGGGAUUGGUAAAAAGGUCUCUAGAAGGACCCCUAUAGGGACAACUCUGGAAUUCAGAAAAAUGAAUAUAUAAAAGGUAAGAAUCACUAUAUGCCCUCGAAUCAACAAAAAUUAGAGUGUCUCAAACUUUUAUUUUUUCCAGACAAAGUUAAGAUUUAAUAGUAAAGCUGUAGAAGCUUCCCACUUCAUAUAAUUGAGUCAGUAAAGGUCUCUGAAUAUUUGAAAAAAAUAAAUCAAAAAAAGUAAAAAACCACGAAAUACGAGGUGAGAAGACCUAUAUUACACUCUUCGAGUGGUCGUUUACAUUAUAUGAUGAAAUUCUUGUUGAUCCUUUUAGCUUAUUCACAAUACCAUGGUAGCAUAAAGAUGCACGAAAAAAAUUUUUCAAAUCGAAAUUGAAAAAAAAAGACUAUUCAAUGCAUAAGUUAGAAUUUCUGGUUUUUCGAUUUUUUCUAAUUUUUUUUAAACUUUUCGUUCAUAAUUUUCGUUCAUAGACUUCAUUUCACAGAAGAAACGUUUUAAAAAGUUCUCAAAAAAAUUUAUAAAAAAAUUUAUUAGCAAUAGAGCGCACUUCAAAUAUGCAGUAAAAAAAAUUGGUAAAAUCUUUUUAUGCACUUUUUUUCUUUUUAAAUCACGAUUUUUUUGAAGAUUUUGUUCCGUGUUAGUAAUUCUGCCUAGUUCGAAUUAGCCUUCCAAGAGUCAAAAAAAUAUAACUAAAUUAUGAAGAGCUGAAGAUUUCUUUUGAAUUUCAAGAAAACUACUUCAAACACGGCAUAAAUUUUUCAUUAAAGAGGGUUUGAAUUAAUUUCGAUAUAUUCGCAAAUUUUAACAAUAAAUAAUUUCGAAACUUGAGAAAAAUCUGAUUCGUUCAACUUUUCUCUUUCCAAUUUUUUUUUGGUUUCCUUGAAGUUUAAAUUUUUUCUCGAAAGUUAUUUUGCAAAAGAAAAAUCAUUUUGGCGUUUAUUCUUCAUUUUUUUUUGUCCACAACUGUACAAGUUUCAGGUCGAGGCCGAAUCUCUCUCCGACAAAGCUGGUGUGAAAGAAGGCGACCGUGUUGAAUCCGUACGUUCUGAUUUUCUUUGGGAUGUUUGUGAAACAGUAUUUUGCAGAUCAACGGCCGUCCAUCAAGGGGAGUCGACGCCCACACGGCCAACCGUCUCGUCAACGACGCCUACAACGAAGUUCGCCUCUCUUUGCAAAGGUAUUUUCUUGAUAUAAUUAUAAAUCUUCAAGCGAAAAGAUGUUAAAACCCAAAGAAAAUCCUUUCAUUUAUCUCGGGUUGCUUUUUUACGCGUUUUCGCAGCUGUGCUCAAACAGCAAAAGAGAUGAAGGCGAAAAAAAAAAACAAGGCGUUUUACACAAAACGCGGCAUUUUUCCAUGCGACAAGCCUCAAGUGUCCGAGUUCCAAGUUUUUUUGAUUUGAGGGAUUUUUUUAGAGGUUUUCACACAAAUUGUCAAAAAUUAAUUUUGGUACAGAAGUAACGAAUGGAAAGGCGUAAUAUUUUUGGUUCGAAAUUUUCUUUUCCAUUUAAAAAGGAAAGUUCAUAAAUAAGAGAAGUUAUUGAACAUCAAAAAAAGCAACGAUAUUAGAAAUUCGAUUGAAAAAUUUUUUUGUUUGAGGUAAUUUUUAGAGAUUUUUAUAUGAAUUAAAAUAAUGGAAUUUACGAUCUUGAAAGGAGGAGUUGGAAAGUUUUUUGGUACAAAAUUCGCCCUUCUAUUAAAAAAUGAAAUUUCAUUAUUAAGAGAAGGUAUUUCACACCAAAAAAGCAAGGUUAUUAGAAAUUUCGAUUUAAAAAAAUUUCUUUGAACAAUUUUAAUUCAGGUUUUUCAAGGGUUUGAAACUCUAGUCAAAUAAUUAGAGAAUAAUAAGAUUUUCUACUGUUCUUAGAACUUCGCUUGAGAACUUCACAUUUACCAAAAACUUGUUAAAAAUUCUAUUAUUUGGCCAACCUUAUAGGGGGAGGGGAUGCACAUGAGAAAAAUCGCAACUUUAUUGAAAAAUUCGAUUCGAAACGAUGAAAAAAAUCCAUAAAAAAAUUUUUCACUCUUAGGAUUUUUUUAUUUUGUUGAAAAAUGUGGAUGAAUAUUUUUAAAUAAUGAAGUUAUUUUUUUAGAUACGUUGCCUCGCACACUUGCCUCCCAUGGACCCUGAGCGAAAAAGAUAACAAAAUGGUGGUGGAAGAGGCCCGACCGGGCUUCGGCAGCGGAUUCGGCCAUGGAACCACCAACUUUUCUUCGACCAACACCUUUAAUGUCAGUGUCUGGGCGGAAAAUGAAAGUGACGCGAAAUUACAAUUUAUUUCAAACUUGGUCAGAAAUGGUCUGUCGCGCCAGCUUGUUUCGUUUUUUUUUCGCGCGAAAAAGACCAAAUUUGAUCGGACUUUAACAAAAACAACUUGAAAAAUUGAACAACAGAAAAAAUUUAAACUUGAAAGAAAUGAAGUAAAAAAGCGAAAAUCCAAAAAUGGCGAAGCGUGUUAUCCAUAGAGCAACUUUACUGCAAGAUGCCCAUUUGGCGGGUACUCAAACUUUUCUUUUCCCGAAAUUGAAUUAUUUUUUUCCAAUUUCAAGACUUUUGUUUUUUGUUAUACCUUUUGCGAGUUAAAAGUGAGGGUGAAAGCUGGGUUUACGGUAGUUGUAGAAAAAAAUAAUCUCUUACAUGAAAUUUACAAUUUUAUCGGUCCAUUGAGCUCAACUUUUAUAACUUAAUCUGGUCUAUUGAAAACACAGCUGAACUAAAAAGUUCUUGAUUGAAAACAAUAUCAAUCGAUUGUUCUGUAGGAGAAUCCGAGUGAAGAAGAAAAGUUCUAGUAGUUCCAAGACAACUUUCCUUGCAUCUAAAGACUUUAUGAAUCAAUCAAAAUCCAUAUUUAGUUUCGAAACUUUCCAGAACUCGUCGAGCAACAACUUCUCUAGCCAAAACCAGUACUCGAGCAUCGGCGGCGGCAACUACGGAAACACGGGCGGUUCAUUCCCCGGCUUUGGCGGCAAUUCAAACGCGUCGCGCUCCUCGCACCACCAGUCCCAGAGGUGGGAGGACGUCAUCGGCUUUCCUUGACCUUUCGCUUCUUUUUCUCUCACGAAACAAGCUAGGCAUCGAAAGUUGUGUUAAAGUAGUGGGAAAUGGGUGUCGGAUCACUUUUCGAAAUUGUACAGUUUUGAACUGGUUAGAAUAAAUGUUUUUCUUUGAUUAGGAGUUUGCAGUUGAAAUGAAGAAGUGAACGAAUUCUUUUCAGCGUAUACAAUUCCUCGUCGGCGCCGGUCGUCAUCCCGACCAACGUCGUCAAUAAUUCUUCCCAGAGAUACAACUCCAACUUCAACUCGGUUGGUUUUCGCGAGAUGCUGAGGUUCUCGAGCAAGUAGACACCUUAGUGAUCUCUCCAUCCACUUUAGGAGUUGACAACUUUGACUAUUUUAAAGUUCUAAAAAAUUCCAAAGUUGUCAUUAUUUAUCGAGAACAUUGUUUUGAAGAUUCAGAAGUUUGAAAUCGGACGAGAUUUUCCAGAUGAAAAAAACAGCAAUCGGCGUUAACAUCAAAAACCCACAAGAAAAUCGUACUUUCAGAAAAAAAAAGACCCGAUUUCCAAACAUAUUCGAAUCGUAGAAUUUUCAUACGGCCUCAUAAAAACCUGUCUCUAUCACAUGUAUUCUCAAGACGUCAGAUUUUAAAAAAAAAUUUGGGUUUUUCGUGCAAAUCAAAGCUUCGUCUGGUAUUUAUGAAAUAAAAGAUAAACAAGAUUCAGAUCUUUUUCUCAGAAUCCUCCAGAACUUCCAGGGAAGCCGAGCUCCAUUCACAACCAACUCAUCGAACAACUACACGACCUCGACCUCCAACUCCAUCAAUCAGGCGACCAACUACAACAGCAUCCCAACCGGCUUCACCAAGUCCAACGACGCCCCAUCGUCCUACGGCUCCGGCGCUGGUGCCAAUAACUACGCCAAUACUAAUACUGGAAGCGCUGCUCCGCCAGCUUCCUUCUAUGGGUUAGAAAAUAGGGUCAAAAAAAGAAAAAGAAAAGAUAGAAAGAUGGCUAAUUUUUUGUUUCGCGCCAAAAACCGCGACGCGUACGCAACGCGUCAACCUUGCCAAUCUUCCCAUCUCGCCUCUCAAGUCGGGAAAGUGUGUAGAAAUAAUUAGAUCACGUGGAAUAUUAGACCACUAUAUAAAGGUCUGUUUUGACGGUUCCGCCUUGAUUCCUGCAUUCGACAACCCACUACAGACAGUCGAAGUAGCGAGGGGGGUUGUCAAAUGCAAAGUUUUACCAAACUUGGGUAGAAAGAUGUAGUCGUAUCUGGUAGUCGCAGUAGAAGACGGUGGGUUGUUGCAUGCAGGAGUCGUAGUAGAAGAGAAGGAGUUGUCGAAUCAAAGUUUUACCUAACUUGGAUAGAAAGAUGUAGUGGGCGGUGGCUAGUCGUCGCUGGCUAAGGGAUUUUGUAUACGUCGCUGGUUGUGACUCGUUAGCCGUAACUCCUGCCUGCAACAAACCAUCGUCGCUACUACGAUUACCUAACUUGGGUAGAAAGAUGUAGUGGGCGGUGGUGUCGCUGGUAGUCGAAGGAGACGACGCUGGGUUGUUGCAUGCAGGAGUCGUAGUAGACGAGAAUGAGCUGUCGAAUGCAGGAGUCGAGGCGGGAGCGAUGUUGAUGAUGAUAGACGGUGAAAACAGACCUUUAUAUAGUGGUCUAAUCUUCCACGUGAUCUAUUCAUUUCUACAUACAUUUCUACAAAACUUGUUCUAGAAUCAUUUGAAAAAUUGAACAGAGAUAAUUUUGUGACUUUAGCUACAACGGUGGCGCUCCAUCGGACGGCUACGGCAAAGGCGCCGGCGGCGUUCCUCUGAACCAAUUCACCUAUGUUCAGACGAACAAUCUCCCUGCCAGCCAUGAUAAUGGUGGCUUGUCGCCAGGUAAAAUCUCAUCGAAAACGAUUUUUUUUAGGUGUGAAGAAGAAAAGAUUGUAUACGAUAACUAUUGUUUUCGUUUUGGGACCUAUUUUGAAAACUUCUUGAAGAUUUCAAAAAAAAAAUCAAGCUUUAGUGAGCUAACCAAGGAACGUUUUUUACCCCCCGGUUGAACUUUUACUGAAACUUUGCUGGAGUGUUCUUUAGGACCCCCCUGAUUGCAGAUCAAGAAAAAAAUUUCUCGCACUAGUUUUUUUUUCAAGUUAUGGAGCUUCAAAGUGUGCAAAACACGCAAAUUUGGCCAAAAAAGCGGUAUUUCGGUCUUUUGAAGUGUCCUAACUCGAAAACAAGAUCUAUUGCGAGAAAUUUUUUUUCUGUUCUGGAAUCAGGAGGUCCUGAAGUACACUUCAGCAAAGUUUCAGCAAAAAGUUCAACCGGGGGGUAAAAAAAGUUUCCUAGUAGACUAAAAGAACGGAAGGCUUCCAAAAAACAAAACGCCAAUAAAAGCCAAAAAAAAUUUGAUGGUUUGACUGAGUAUCACACGAUAUCCUUUCUUUUCGCUUUAGGACCUCUUUUGGAAACGUUGAAAGAUUCGGAAAAUUCCAUGACGCUUAGGCUUCCUGAGAAAGAUUAACAGAACUGAAAGCCAUGGAAUUUCCAGGAAAAAUGUACUACCAUUCGCCGAGCUCGCGCUCCAAGAGGGAUCUCUCACCCGGCGCUUCGAUUCAGGUUAAAGUUUGAACUUUAAUGAUACAAUUUUCUUUGGAAAAAUUCAAUCUCGUCUCUCUUUCCCUACCCUUACGCUCCAAGGAUAAUUUCAUCUUUCAUCGAUAGAGCGCGAUAUUUUUUAUUCCAGCACCUCCAAUACAACUCCCCAAUGAACCUUUACUCUUCGGAAACGGCCGCCGAUCAAUACUUCCAACAGACUGGAGUCCAUCCGGAGUUUGACUGGAUUUAUACCUUUUUUUCAAAAAGAUAAUUCAGAAACCCGCCGCCACGUGAUAGCAAGACGCCAGCUUAUUUGACCUCCGAAACAAAGAAGGUAAGUUUUCUUUAGAAAAUCAACUUCAGAUUCCUUCAAAAUUUCAUUAGAGGUCUACUUGAGUUCCUUCGCGAGUUAGAAAGAAAAAUCAUCGAUGAAGUGAGAAAAGAUUUUUAUGGGAAUGUUUCAGUUCUCCACGACUACUUAGAAAUUUUAGAGUGAUCCCUAUAGGGGUUUAGGAGACGUCCAAGGUAACCUAAGGCUGCCCUCAUAGGGGUCACUUUGGAACUCCUAAGAAUAGUUAUGAAUCUAUAGGGCUCUUUCAAUUUAAAAAAAGGUUAUUUUUUUAGUUUUUUUCGCAUGGAAAUGCUUCUCCGCAUAGAGUACAUAAAAAAAUUAUCGACUAGCAUGUCCCCUAUAGGGGCCUCUAACAAACCCCUGUUUCAUGAGGGAUAAACUUCAAGGUUGUAGCUCGGAAGUCGCUCUGAAUGCUUUAUAGAAAAAGAAGAAUUUUUCAAUAAGAAAGGAUUUCCCGAAGAAUAUAAUUUUCCAGUUGAUCGAAGAAGAAGCCCGGGGGCGUUCGAGCCGCGGAAGAUCGCCGUCCAGCCAGAGCUCCUGCUUCAAGCGCAUUUCUCAUGCCGUUGGGGCCGACCUUUGA